AUGGCGUUCUACAGUGGAAACACCACAAAUGAAGAAGACUUUUUGAGUGGGGUAACAAUCGAUUUUUUGUUCGAGUACAUGGAUGAUGAUGAAUUCAAACUGCAAUGCGAUGAUGCAUUGGUUGAAGAUCCUCAACAGAAAACUCAAAGUUUAUGUUGUUCCCACUGUGGAAAAAGUUAUAAAAGCAAAGGAGGGCUGAAAAAACAUCAGGAUCUGAAACACACUGAAAUAACAGGAACAGAGACUGAAGGAGAUACCAUAAGUUUAGAUAGUGUGACAAUUAAAUCUUUUAUUGAAGAAGCAAAAGAAGAUAUAAGCAAAGAUGAGUGUUUUCCUGACGAAAUCCGCAGUAUUGCAGUUGCUUAUGUUACAGAAGAUGUGAACAAUUCCUUGAAAGAAGAAAUUCUGAAAAUUUAUCAGUCCUUGAAAAGAAAUGGAGAUGCAGAAAAAUUCUAUUCUGCAUUUUAUUCUCUUAUUGUCAAAAAUGCCAAAAAAUAUUUCAGCCAGUUGGAAAUGCCUGUGUGCACUAUUCUUGCAUCACAACUUGCUGAUAAAAUAUUAGCAUUCUAUAAGAAACCUGUUCAGCAACCUGUUGUGGUCAAGCCAAUUUCAGAACGUGAAUUUGAUGGGCUGCAAUACCUAGCUGGCUAUGUAAUUCACUCACUGGUCAGAAAAUAUAACAGAAAAACUGAUUCUAAAUCUGAAGCUGUCCAGGGUGUGCUUUUAUUGCUGAAUUCCUGCCGGAGUGAUGAUAUUAGCACUCAGAGAUUGAUCCAAUGCCAAUCUAGAGGUGGUUUAUGGGGAGUUAAAAGAGAAGUUAUAGAGUUAUUCAAACUUGUCGAAGAAGAAUUUAGAAGAGAAACACAGAGCCAUGUGGUGUCCAUUAACUGCCAAGAAAUAACACAAAAAUUAAUGAAGCACAUUGACAUAACAAGUUUGUUCAAUACUAUCAAAGAGUAUGAUGCACACACCUUGGAAAAGGAGACAAGUUUAAGCCUACUGGAGAAUAUGAUCAAAUUAUACCUACGAGUGAGAGCCUUUUCUAUAACAAAAACAAAAACACAACUGGAGAGAAAACGAGUAAAAGGAUUACGCAAAGGUAUAAAGAAGUCAUCAGACAAAGAUAUUACAGGUGUUUAACAAAGUGCAAAGAUAAAUCAAGUUACUUUUUUCCCACAGCAAACAGACAGAUAAAUAAAAUUACCUGCUUUCCCAACACACACAAUUAUAUGUAUCUGUGUAAAUGCUUUUAUGGUUCUUAUUUAUAAAUUAGUCUAUGUAUCACAAAUACAUGAUAUCUUUUUUAUGUUCAAAACCUUCCCUGAAUUGUAUUCCAAAAUAAGUUGUUACUACUAUAUUUCCAGUCACUAGAUCAUAGAAUUGGCAUUAAUAAAAU